CUUACCUACCAAGCCAAACCAAAAAAAAUCAAUCUCUCAAAGAUUUUCAAUCACACUAUAAAAAAAACCCAUUCCUUCUUUGCAAUAAUUGAAAAGAAAGAAAAAAAAUGUCAUCUCUGUUUCAUCACUCUUAUUGCUCGUCAUCACCUCUCACUUCUCGUUCCUAUUUGAAAUUGAAUUUCUUCCCAAGCUCUCGAAUCCCUGCCUCCCAAAACGGCGUCAGAUGUAAUUUGGUGGAGCCGUUGAAGUUCGAGAACGGAAAGCCGUACGCUCCAAAUCUCAGUAGCAGCACUACCACUGACCAAGCAAUAACAGCAACAGCAACAACGCCUUCCAUUUCAAACGCACCGUAUUCGGAGAAUGCACACGACACUAGGCUCCGUAUAUUUUCCGGCACCGCCAAUCCCGCUCUCUCUCAGGAAAUAGCAUGCUACAUGGGUCUGGAGCUUGGAAGAAUUAAGAUUAAACGUUUUGCUGAUGGCGAAAUAUAUGUUCAGUUGCAAGAGAGUGUUAGAGGGUGUGAUGUUUAUCUUGUGCAACCUACGUGUCCUCCUGCAAAUGAGAAUCUUAUGGAGCUUCUGAUAAUGAUUGAUGCUUGUCGGAGGGCUUCAGCCAAAAAUAUUACUGCAGUGAUUCCAUAUUUUGGAUAUGCCAGGGCUGAUAGAAAGACUCAAGGGCGUGAAUCAAUUGCAGCCAAACUUGUAGCAAAUUUGAUUACGGAAGCAGGUGCAAACCGUGUUCUUGCUUGUGAUCUUCAUUCAGGGCAGUCCAUGGGCUAUUUUGAUAUUCCAGUGGAUCACGUGUAUGGUCAGCCUGUGAUACUUGACUACCUCGCCAGCAAAUAUAUAUGUUCUGAUGAUUUGGUAGUGGUCUCACCAGAUGUUGGCGGUGUAGCUAGAGCCCGUGCUUUUGCCAAAAAGUUAUCUGAUGCCCCUCUAGCCAUUGUCGAUAAAAGGCGUCAUGGACACAAUGUUGCAGAGGUGAUGAAUCUGAUUGGCGAUGUGAAGGGAAAAGUAGCAGUUAUGGUGGAUGAUAUGAUUGACACUGCUGGGACUAUUUCAAAAGGUGCAGCGCUUUUACACCAAGAGGGUGCUAGGGAAGUGUAUGCAUGCAGUACACAUGCUGUUUUUAGUCCUCCUGCUAUAGAGCGGUUGUCAAGUGGUUUGUUUCAAGAGGUGAUCAUAACAAAUACCAUUCCAGUGUCAGAGCAAAACUAUUUUCCUCAAUUGACAAUCUUGUCAGUAGCAAACCUCCUUGGGGAGACCAUAUGGCGGGUUCAUGAUGACUGCUCUGGCGGCUUUGAACCCUAUUCCAGCUUGGGUAUUGACUGAGCAAUUUUCAUCGGUUGUACACUCUCUUUAGUUCCAUUACAGUAUCAUAGUUGCCUUGUUGGAAACAGAAAUUAAUAAUGAAAUCAAAAUGUAUUAGCCACAUAAGCCUUGGUUUUCAGUCAGUUUUUUGUUUAAAGCUUUGUACACUUGCAGGAUCAUGGAAUAGAUUCUUUUCAAGAGCUCCAAUUGAACUCCAUGUAGGUCUCAAACGAUUCUCAGUUCCCCUUAAUAUUUUUUAUUUCUUCUGAGAGAGUGAUUGAUGAAAGUAAAAAAAAGAAAGUAUACUCGAAUAAUGACAAUUGAUAUAUGAUGUAUAUUUCACCUAGUCUGGUUUAAAUUUCCAUAAAGUAAAUGUCUAAUAAUAUACUUCUUGCCUUUUGCUCA